AUGGCUCCCAAAGCAUAUGUAUAUAGUCCGUUGAAGGACGCAGAAGAGGAAAUACGUCUGCUGAAGCUCAUUCAAGCCGAUGAUAAUGAACAUGUCAGGUGCGAGCUGAUCACAACGAGUAUCGCGGAAGCGCCACCCUUCUACGCACUGAGCUAUAGAUGGGGUCAGGUAGACAAGGCGACAUCGAUAAUAUGCCAAGGGUUGUCAUUGCAGGUCACUCCCGAUCUACACACGGCACUGAGGCAUCUGCGGGACAUGGGCCACGGCGAGACCAAGCGACAAUACAAAUUCGAGAGUCCCUAUCUGUGGAUAGAUCAGAUAUGCAUCAACCAGUCCGAUCUUGAUGAGCGUGCCCGUCAAGUCAGAAUGAUGCAAUCGAUUUACUCAGCUUCAUUGAGAACACUGAUCUGGCUUGGACCUCAGGACGACUUUGCCGAAGAUGCCCUGGCCUUUCUCGACCACCUCUACAGUAUAUGUCGCCACCAGUAUCCUAAUGCAACAGAGUCCGCAGAUAUUCUCGACAAGGCUUACACUCCAUCUCAACAUGAACAACUCGGUAUCCCGAACAUAGACUCCCGGCCAUGGUUCGCGUUCAAGAAACUUGCACAGGCUUCCUGGUUUCGUCGCGUAUGGGUCAUACAAGAGGUCGUCGUAUCGCCUGCAGACCCCUGGAUCAUAUUUGGUCAUACUAUGUAUACAUGGGAGAAGCUCUCUUGGGCUUCAACCUGGCUCUUUCGCAAUGGCUAUAGCUGGCUGCUCAAAGUUCCACACGAGCUGCUUAACAUCGAUGCGAUCGCUGAAGUCCGGAGAUUGGCAGGCCAAUGGUCUCUGGCUUCCUUGCUCGCAGAGCUAAGUCCGAUUUUCGACUCCCACGAUCCUCGAGAUAAGGUCUUCGCAUUAGUUGGUAUGUCGAUCGACGUCAAGGGCUUGCGGAACUGGCCUGUGGAGCUUCAGCCGAACUACAGAAAGUGCCCACAAGAUGUCCAUCGUGAUGUUGCUCGAUACAUCAUAUCUACAACGCGAGAUCUCGGAUGUUGGUCAGCUCCAAGUCACGGAAAGCGAGCUCACAAUCCGAUAUCGCAACGCUUGUUCUCGGGCUCUAGCAAACAUUUGCUCUCCUGGGUUCCAGACUGGGCACCUACACGCUAUGAAUCGACUGUGAUACCGGUGAGAUUUGCUGAGAGUUCAAAUUCUAGAAAACCACCGUCUAUAGCUCUGGGAUACUUAUCCCAAUUCAGAGCGUUCCCCAAUAGCACGGCUGAGCUUGGCACAGUGAAGGAUCCUAACGUGCUAUCGCUGAAGGGGUUUGCAGUCGACACUGUCAAGUAUUGCUCACCUUCCCUUGCGCGACUACGCAUAUGGCUCCAGGAAAGCCCAACAGCGAAGAUCAGCGCGCGAGAGCAGCUGGGCGAUGAGAUCAAAUUCAUGCGCAAAAGAUCCCUAAAGCUCGCACCAUUCUACACCUACAUUCCUGGCUCGACUGAGACGCAUUCAAUACCGCUGCUCGAGCAUGUCAAAUACAUCAAGGCAAAUCUCGAAGGCGGUGUGCAAUCAGAGUAUAUCAAGCUCGUCCAAGACUGGUCUCACGGUCGACGCAUAUUCGCAACCAGGGAUGGCCGGAUUGGCAUAGGGCCGUCAGACAUGAAGCCCGGCGACAAAGUGUGUGCUCUGCUCGGUGGGCAAGCGCUGUACGUGGUACGAUUGCAGCGAGGCGCAUAUACCCUAUUGGGUGACGCAUAUGUUCACGGUUUGAUGAACGGAGAGGUGCCGGACAUGUCAAAGCGAGGAGAAGUCGAGCUGUCCAUGUUCGACAUCAGAUGA